GCUCCGACUGCAUGAAGAAAAGGUCAUUAAAGAUCGGCGACACCACCUCAAGACGUACCCGAACUGCUUUGUUGCCAAAGAGCUGAUUGACUGGCUGAUUGACCAUAAAGAAGCCUCAGACCGAGAGACAGCCAUUAAACUGGUGCAGAAAUUACUGGAUCACAGCAUUAUCCACCAUGUCUGUGAUGAGCAUAAAGAAUUCAAGGAUGUCAAAUUGUUCUACCGCUUCAGAAAAGAUGACGGGACGUUUCCCCUGGACAAUGAGGUGAAGGUCUUCAUGAGAGGACAAAGACUAUAUGAAAAGCUGAUGAGUUCUGAAAAUACCCUUCUGCAAGCCAGGGAAGAGGAAGGAGUCAAGUACGAACGAACCUUCGUGGCAUCGGAAUUCAUCGACUGGCUGAUCCAGGAAGGAGAGGCCACGACACGGAGCGAAGCGGAGCAGCUCGGCCGCAGGCUUUUGGAGCACGGCAUUAUACAGCAUG